CUCAAACAAUAUGAAGCAUAGAUCUAGCCCCAGUAUUACUAUCAGUCUUUCACUGUUAUCAGUGUGCACCCGACCGAGCACUGUGGAUUUGUGGAAAAUGCGGAAGCUAAACCGGAAGUGAGUGUACAUUGCUGGGAAAAGUUCUUACAGAGACAUAACCAGGUGGAGGAGCCUUUAGAAAAAGCGGCCAAGGCAACGCAAUGGCAUGCUUGUGUGAUGCUAGCUGAUCGCUUGACUUAACCACACAGUGACCCAAAGGGUGGAGUUAGCUUCGGGGAACGGCUUGAUUAAGGGAAUCAAGGGAGGUGAAUUUCGGCAUUUGUGUAGUUUGCAGUGCAUUACAGGGUGAUCCCGUUGCUUAAGCUAAACUGCAUUGCUCCAGACAACAACAGUGAAAACAAGAUGGAGGACUCUAAUGGCAGUAAGCCCCUUAUUGUAACAUCUUCCCUGUCUUUCCAAGUCACCACACCUUCUUUUUACAACCAGCCGAAGAAGUUUGCCUCUGUGGCCCCUCCUCGACCCAAAGGACCGUCUAACCCAACCUUCUCCUCGCCGAUUGCAAGCACAGCUACAGUCGGCCGAGUUGGAGAGAUUCCACCACCUCCUUCAUCCAUUAGUGAUGAUUUUCCGCCCCCUCCUCCUCCACUGGACGCAGAUCUGCCAGCCCCUCCCCCAGAAUGUCAGCUCACACCCCCUGCAUCUGAGGCCCCUCCCCCUGCAUUCCCUCCCCCUCCCCCUGUUGCAGAAGACUUGCCUCUCCCAGCACCUCCUGAAGAUGUGAGCUUCGUGCACUCAGAUUCUUCUCCUGCUCCUCCUCCACCUCCUCCCCCUCCCCCUCCUGCACCUCCACUUCCUGAGCCUGGCACCGGUGUCGGUCUUCAGAAACCAUUGGAGAAGCAGACUAGUUUUGACCGACAGCUGGACUCUCUAACUGAUAUGUUGUCAGAAAUGGAAACAAGAAGACCUUUCAACCCAAAGGUGUCCAGUCAGCUGACAUCAGGGCCUACAACAAAGUCACCUGCUCCUCCUCCCACAGCCCCCAAACCCUCCCUGUCUUUCCUGCCCCCUCCAGAGCUGCAGGAUCGCCCUCCACCUGCCCCCUGGGCAGAAGAGCUACGUGCUCGUACCACACUGAGACACGGUGGCUCGAGCGCACCCUCUGCUCCAGCAUCUGGAGCACCACUGGGUAAAGGACCUGCAGCCGCUCCAAAGACCACAUUCACUCCCAGCCAGCCUGCUUCUAAUUUUAGCCCCAAACCUGCAAACAGCGUGAGCCCUGCAGCUCCACGAGGAGUUAACCAUACCCCCAAAGUCACCUCUCACAUCUCUUUCCCUCCACCACCUGUUGCACCACCAGGUCCUCCUCCAGCUCCAGCAAAUGCCCCUGCCCCUGCCCCAGCUGUCAGUAAUACCAAAGUCUCUCUUCCAGUCAAUCAGGAGAAAACAUUUCCACCUUCAGCUCCUCCACAGCCUAAACCAGCACCAUCUCCCACUUCCAAUGCAUCAGCAAACAGCAACUUAAUGCUCAGUCCAACCUCACCCAUGGCUACACAGCCGAAAGGUCCUGGAGCAGGUGCACCCCCUGCUGGUGUUCCUCUCUCAAUGCGAGAAGUUGAAGAGCUGGAAAAGAUGACCAAAGAUUUCAUUAAACACAUGGACAAUCGUGCCCCAGUUAUCACCUCUGCACCUACAGAGAUGUGUGGAAAAUGUGGAGAGGCUCUGUCCAGGUCUCAGCCUGCAGUCAGGGCGAUGGACAAACUUUUCCACUCACACUGUUUCUGCUGCAUGACGUGCCAUCGCCCCCUGCAGGGAAUGCAGUUCUAUGACCGUGACGGAUCGCCAGAGUGCGAGGAGUGCUAUGUGAACUCUCUGGCAAUUUGUUCUCGCUGUGGGGAGCGUAUCACAGAUCGCGUGCUGAAAGCAGUGGGCCAGUGUUUCCAUGCUCAGUGUUUCCGCUGCACUGCCUGUAGCUGCACACUGGAGGGCUCUCCAUUCAUCACUGAUGACAACAACAACCCCUACUGUGUCAAUGAUUACCACCGACGUUUUUCUCCUCUGUGCGUGAGCUGCAAUGAGCCAAUUAUUCCUGGCCCUGGCAGUGAGGAAACACUCAGAGUAGUAGCCUUGGAGAAGAACUUUCAUCUUAAGUGCUACCGAUGUGAGGACUGUGCCCGCCCACUCUCUAUAGAGGCAGAUGCUGAUGGCUGUUAUCCAUUGGAUGGGAAGAUUCUAUGCAUGAAGUGCCACACAAAGCGUGCCAAGCAGGCCAUGAAGUGAUUGGUGGAGACUCCUGUCACUCGUAUUAAACCAAACCUAAAAUCAAAGAAUGACUCUGCUUUGAUUCCAGGCAUUUGAUGCAUUGUUUUUGUGAGUUUCGUAAUUCUCCUUCUCAUUUGUUUGUCAUACAGCCUUGUUGUUUUUUUUUUGUCUGCCCCUUUCUGCAGCUUUAUCAGCAAGAACACUUAGCAAGAAUCUUUAAUAACUACAGCAGCUCUGUUGCAUUUUUUUUAAAUACAUGUCCUUUAGAAAGACCCUCUUCAACUUUCUCCCGACGCUUUCUCAAACACCUUUUAAAGUUCAUUACAAAAUCACACGCGUACCAUCUCAGCAUGUGGCUGCUUGAAUACAGUGUGCUGACAUGUCGUGUAAUUUAACAAAUGAGAUUGUGGAUUUUAGGAUAUGAUUUAAAAAAAAAAAUAUUGUGUAACUAUAUGGCUAGUUCUAGUUCAGUGCAACUCUUUGACUCCUAGCGUGCUUCGCACAGGCAGAACAAACGACUCGCAUCAAGCUUAGCCUCCUGAUCAAAAUCAUUAAGGAUUAAAGGAAAGUUAGUUUGCAUAUGAAUACUAGAAUUAAAUAAAUAUGAUGUAUGAAAUCCUUCUUGAAUUAGUGAGCAGCCAAGCAGGACAACGCCUUUAGUAAAUCUGCUUUCCAAAAUAAAUCAGCAGCUGCCAUAGAUGCAUAUGAAAGCUGGUAGGGAAUUGUGUGUUAUGAACAAAGCUUUGUUUGUCUGUCUUGCAUGCAACAUUUAUUCAACAAGACUGCAUGAUUUAAAAAAACAACAACUUUUUUUUUGGUUUCUUUGUUUGUUUAAAAAAAGCACAAAAAUCUACCACUGAUUAUAAAUGUAUUACCAAGAAUGAUUGAUGGAUGGAAAUAUUGCAUAGUAUUAAUUUAAUGACAACCUGAUGGUUUCCAACCCUAACCCUAUAAUCAUGUAUUAAAAAGAAUCGAACAUGAAUCAAUAUAUAUAUACAUAAAAAACACAACGUGAAAUAAAUAUCCAGAAUUUGGUUAGUUGGUUGGCUGGUCAGACUUCUACGGGAGCAAGACUGACUUAUCACUCCCUUCCUCACUCACAUAAUUACAGGUUACUAUGUAGAGCUCUAUAUAGGGAGCAAUAUAAAAGAAAUGACCUGACUAGAUUCACACGAGUUAUUUCUGGGUGUGACAAACCAUCAUGACUAUUACACAAACAAAUUAAAAAAUAAUAUUGAAACUGAACUGAAACCCCAUACAAAAUACAGAAGUAUGUAAAUCCCCAAGUGCAAUUUAUGCAAAGUUUAUCUGUAUAAAACACACCACUUACAAGUACAUAUUAGCUUUAUUUGUUCCUUUUGUCAUAGAUAUUUAUAUAUGUAUUUUCAGUGCUCUCAUAUCUCUUAUCAGCUAUGUAUUAUGGAUUUCUCAAAGGUAUUAAUAUAGCAAGCUAUACACUAUACAUCAGUCCGCUAAGAACUCGGACAAAAUAUCCGAGCUCGAACAGUGUACUUUAUCAGUCGUUAGGAACAAAUUCAGACACUGCCGUAGUUACGGGUUGAAAUAGACUCUCAAAGGACUGGCUAGACACUUUUGCACAAACGCUUUAUAUGAUUUACUAGUUUCAGUGUUUUAGACUGUAAAGAACAAAUUGAUGGGUCUUUUUCAUGAGACAGUUAUGCUAAUGCUAACCUGGAAAUUUCAGCCAAAAUUCUUAAUUGAAAUCCUUUAACAUGAAGAAGGCUACAUUUCCUUAAAUUUACAUUUUCUUCACAUGUUUAAUUCUGUAUGUAUCCCCACUUGGAAUUGAACAAAGAUGUUCUGCACAGUGUUGCACAGGUCUCCUUACAAGCAUUUAAAUGAUUCCCCUUUUUGAUUUCUUAUGCAUUCAAUGAGUAUUUUUGUGUAGUCACAUUUUCUUUAUCAUGUUUAGUUGUCAUGUCAGUAUAACCAUGAUCCUGCUGUUUACAGUAUGUGAUGGACAUCCAUUUUUGUUGAUUUUUUUUUUCCCAUUUACCACACACACAUACAUAUAAAAGUGCUUUAUUUUGCAGUUAAAUUCCUUUGUGAUAUGUGAAUGUGUGUAUGUUUACGGUCUAAUGAUGUUUUUUGCAAUCAAGCUCUCAUUUGUACUGUAUUAUAAAAUUAAAAAAAACAAAAAAAACACUGACAUUCUGCUUGAUUUCUAAAGCAUGUUGGAGGAUGGAAGUAAUAAAAAAGAGAUUCAAUUUAAA